AUGGGCAUCGAAGAGGCCAUCUCCGUGUCCUUGCAAGGUGCCAUCAAAGCAGCCACAUUGCUGGGACAAAACGACUUGGCCUUCCAUACAUCCCUCGACACACAAUUCAGCAAUAGCUUGCAGGACACACACGCGCAGCUGCUCUCCCUGACCUCUUCAAUCCUCGACUAUGUCAGUCCAGGUGGCUUUGAAGCACUACAGGAAAUCAAAGCAGUGGAGACACGGUGGGGCGAUCUCAUUGAUGUGGUGGAUCACUUGCUAGAACAAACCGAUACUGCUCUUGAAGAGACGCGUCAACGGAAGGUGAAGGAGGCAGCAGAGCAAGAACAGCUACAGGCGAAGCAAGCGCAACUACCACCCUUACCGGCGAGUCUACGGAAUGCACAAGAUCUGACGCCGCCACAGCGUAAAUUUGCGCGGAAACCAGAUAAUGACGAUGCGCCGUGGCGACCGCUCAUUACAGACAAGCGGCAUGCCAUGGUACCGCUGUUGACGGAUGAGGAACGAGGUAGUGCUCGGCAAACAGAAAGGGCAACACAUCCCUAUGCGCAUGAGAUUGAGCACAUUGAGUACCCAACGCACAUGUUUCAGCGGCACGAACCAAUCAUGUACAAGGACAUUGACAGCCAACCCCUUGGAUGGGUCUCGACGCAAGACACCCUCGACGCCAUGUUGAAUGAAUUGCGGAAAGCGACUGAAAUAGCCGUGGACUUGGAGCACCAUGAUUUCCACUCAUUUCGUGGCUUCGUCUGCUUGAUGCAGAUAUCAACACGGGAGCAAGACUGGAUUGUGGAUACGCUGGCACUACGUGAUGAACUUGCCGUGCUCAAUGAAGUGUUUGCGGAUAGCAAGAUUGUCAAAGUCUUGCACGGUGCAGCCAUGGACAUUAUCUGGCUGCAACGUGACUUUGGCCUCUACAUUGUUAAUCUCUUUGAUUCCUACCACGCCACAAAAGUUCUUGGCUUUGACGGCCAUGGUCUCGCUUUUCUACUAAAGAAAUACGUUGAUUUUGAUGCAGACAAACGCUAUCAGCUCGCAGAUUGGCGAAUACGACCACUACCCAAGGAAAUGCUCUUUUAUGCACGCUGCGAUACGCAUUUCUUGCUUUACGUGUAUGAUUGCCUGCGUAAUGAACUGCUGGACAGAUCAACACCCGGCACACACAACAUGCUUGCGAGUGUUCUCCAAGCAAGUGCACAAGUAUCAUUACGGGAAUACUCAAAGGAACCGUAUGAUGCUGCGCAGGGACAAGGUGCUGAUGGAUGGCAACUUGUUCUUUUUAAGAAUUACGCGACGCGAGCAUUUGGUCCGCAACAACUUGAAACACUUAAAGCGCUCCAUCAGUGGCGUGAUCAAGUCGCUCGUGAGCUGGAUGAGUCAACGCGAUUCGUCAUGUCGAAUAAUGCACUUGUAAGUCUCGCGGCGGCAACACCAAGGGAUAAGAAGGCUUUGCAACAGUGUUGC